GAUUUCGAGGGCGAACCAAAAAAAAAAAAUAAUACACAAUAAAGUAAAGAAAAUGGCAGUGGCCGGUGGUUGUGAAAGCUCUACUCGAGCCUCCAAAUCACAGCGCUAUAUUCAUCGCCUGGUUCGCUUCCUCAUUUUGAACUUCUCAAGAUAGAGAGGAGGAAAGCAGAAGGGGAGAAACGAAAGGUGGUGCUAAGGAAUGGGCUUCAACAUCUCCCUCUUCUCCUUCCUCCUCCUCCUACCGUUCCUGCUUCAUCCUGCUAGAUCUGAUGAUACAUCUACUCAGCUUUUGGUUGGCCUCAACAAAUACAGAGGGUCCCUCAAUCUGUCAUCACUAGCUGAUAACAGCAAUGCAGCUUGCUUAGCUGAACAAGUUGCAUUGGCAUUCAAAGGCCAAGACUGCAGCAACUCCACUGGAUCAUAUACCGUUCCUGGCCAAGAGCAACAGUUCCCCAACUUUCCUAAUUAUUUAAGCACCUGCCAUCUGAAUGCAACAGUCACCCAAGAUGGCUCCAUAAUGCCCGUUUGCGUUCAAGGCUUAGCUCAUGACCUCGUGCUGUCAAACUACACUGACACCCAGUACAACCAGUAUUUGAACGAUAGCAGCUUUGUUGGAAUUGGGAUUGCUGACGAGGAUGACUGGGUUGUUGCCAUUUUGACAACCGAUACACCUACGGGAAACUAUGCUCCGGCUGCCGAUACAACCUCUGGUUCAGCUAGUUUAGUUGUUAAUCAUCUGAAUGUGCCGCUGUUGCUUCUAGGUUUUGCAUUGUUUUUGAUCAAUUAAGUCUGUGUUUUAUGUUUUCUACUAUCAACUUCAGAAUUUUUUUCGUUAGAAGUUACAGCAAAUUGAAUAGCAUGCGGGUUAUUUUCUCAUGAGUUCAUAGCUUUGUCAUUGUUUUACCCUAUUAUGUUGUAUUAUAUUGAAACAAAAUUGCUGAGAUUUGCUACUAGUCACCUUUGCUGACCCA